CGUCGCACACGACAUUCCUACGACGAGCGGACGACACAUCGGCCGUUCCUUACCGCCCCGCACCAUUUACCCGCCCGUCCGCGGGUUACAAUACACAUCACCUCACGCCGUGCACCUCACCGCCGCCGCAGACGCCGCGCGCGCACACGCAGAGACACGAACGCGCGCGACGAACGACGAUCGCGAUCACCUCCGCCGCCGCCGCCAACGAUACCACUCACCGGGUAGACCUCGUCGCGGUAGUUGUAUCCGGACGACCGUUUCGCGUACCAUUUGCUCGCAGUGGUUACAAUUUUUUUUUUUCACUUCCCAACGAGUUCGUCUUUCGCGUUUUCGAGUCAACGUUUCGCGCCGCACGGUUUACGUCGCGUUUCGCAUCCGUUGGGUCGUUUUGGUUUGGUUAUUUUUUUUCCCCGCCCGUACACAUCUUAUCCGUUUUCUCCACCGUUCCGUUGACCAGCGGCGAAGCUCGCCGUUCUCGCCGUAGAUUAGACUUGCGGUCUCGCACACACCCGCCGAACGCACCACCGUCCGCAGCCGAACAGCAGCAGCAGCCGACACCCACGCAGCAACGAUGCGGGCCGUCGUCCUGUGCGCAGCCCUGUUUGUCGCGCCCCUGUACGCCCUAACGCUCAAGG